GAUGCAACAAAAUCGCUGUACGCCCAGUGCCCUGGUCGAAUGUUUUUGUUUGUUGUGUUUUUUUAUUUGUCGCGUUUAAAAGUGUUUUAAAGUGAAUUUUUAAAUACAAUGGAGCUGCCGAAGGAGUUAUCCAUUGCGGAGAUCCGGAAUUACAUGUUGGCCAACGAGUGCAAGGUGACAAAUCACGCGUUGGUGAAGCACUUCAAAAAAUUCCUCACGCACCCGCAGUCGCAAAAUGAGGCUCGCAAGCGUUUCAAAACCUAUGUUACGCUGCUCUCCACGAUAAAAAACGAGAACAAUCAGAAGUUUCUAAUACUGCGCAAGAAAUAUGUGAACGAAUGUCCCACAGAGGAAGUUGUGGAGCGCGCGGUGUCCGCCGCAUCCAGUAAUCCGGAGCCCUCGAGUCCGGGCGGGGGAUCCCUGAACUUUGACUCCCCCAUGAGGCAGCCACCGCCUUACAAGCCCCCUCCCAUGGUCACCUCCCCGCCCGGAGGAGCAGUCUCGAUUAGCAAGGAGCACCAGGAGAACUACCAGGAAUGCGUGGAUGAAUUCGCAGCUGCCAUAAAGCGCAUCGAACCCGCCCGUCUGGAGAAGCAACCGUCGGUCAAGUCAGAGGAUCCGGAGAAGAAACCCUCCCGAUCGAACUCCAUCGAUGUGACCGACAACAAGGAGAACAUACCCCGCUUUUCCUUCUCCUCGGAGGCUUCCACGGACUCCAACCCCAACGAAAAGCCGGAGAAGUCCGGCGAAGACGAUUCAAAACCCAUUGCCGUUGGCGAUGCGGCCGAGAAUCCCAUCAGCGUGAAGGAGGCCACGCGCAAGUUCAACCGGAUGGCAUCCGAAGAAGAGGCUAAAAUCAUAUCGCCGCCAGCCAAGAAGAAGCCAGAGAAGCAAUUAAUCGAGGAGAAGGAUUCGCCCGAGGUUACGCUGGCGCAUCCCAAGGCGAAAGAGUGGAUCGUCUCGAUGGCCAAGGCUAAUUACCAGGAGCUGGCCAAGAUGGCCAGCGAGUACCCGGAACUGGUUAAGCUACAGUGUCCAGCAACGACCGCAUUGCACUGGGCAGCCAAGCACGGAAACGAAGAUGUGGUUAAGCUAAUUGCCGGCACCUAUAGGGCCGAUGUAAAUGCCAGAACGAAUGGGGGUUACACACCCCUUCACUUGGCCACCCAGUUUGGAAGAGAUAACAUAUUCGAAUUGCUCUGGAAUGUAUACAAGGCCAAUCGGGACAUCAUGGACUGGAGUGGCAACAAGCCACUGGACUACAGUCGCCAGCGGUCGAGUGUCUCGGCCUCGACGUGCAGCAGUGAGUAUCAAAAGUAUUUCCUCAGUGCGGAGGUGAACAACAACUACCACCUGGGAUUGUUUGAGAGUAGUCAAAUCACCGGCGGUACACUGGGCAGUGCACUAACCCGCGGCAAGAAACGGGCUCAGAAUCGGUAUGCCACCGUGAGUGGUGCUUCGGGUGGGGGCGGCGGUGCGGUGGGUCGUUCGCAGUCGAUGAUGGUGCAGCGGAGGCACAAAAAGCCACCGGGACAGUCACUGACGGGACUCUUUAAGCCCAGCACCGAGGACAGCGAUCUGCUGCCCUGCGAAAUGGAGGGGCAUCCGGUACCCUUUCGCGGCGCCUCCACUCGACGCAAAGAGAGCUUUCUCCGCAAAACCUUUCGAGCCACCGCGGGUGGCAGCCGUCGCCAGUCCACCAAAGAAGUUGUUACUAACCCACCAGAGCUUGAAAUCAAGGCUCGCAAAAAGCAUGCAAUCGAAAAAGAUUUAGGCUUCCUGCGGAUUGGUUCGUUGAAUGUCCGGGUAAAGAAGACCACCGAGGCGUUCAGCAAUUUCUUGGGAGUGGGCAAUGGCAGUGGGGUGGCCCCGAUGGCCUAUGGCAGUGGCGGGGGAACGGGAUCGGGAGCAGCAAGUCGCCAUCACCAUCGGUCUCCCCGAGUCCCUCAUCAGCGUCAUCAUCACCACGUUGGUACGACACGGAGUCGCCAUCCGAAUCAGAGGGCAGCGAUGAGCACACCCUACGGGACGAACGGCGGGCUUCCGUCGAGGGCGAGUGUUCCCAAUAACCGGAACAUCUACGAUGGAGUCCACAAGUCGUGGGGAUCGGCGGACAAUAUACCCCAGCGAUCGGAGGACCUGAUGCCGCCGCCCAAGACGGUGGAUUACAUUAGCAAGCGGAAUAAGUCUUCGAAGCGUUCGUCAUACGCCUCGAAUGCCACCGAUUCGCCACGUGACUCCAUCUGCUCCUCGAACUCGAGUUCCAAUUUGAACGGUGGCUAUAGUAGCAUGCCCACCACUCCGAAUCAGUUGCGGGCUCCCAAAGGAAUCGCCACAUCCUUCGCCGUGGAUUCCGAUUCGGACUCCGCCUGUGGAUUUGACUCCAGUUGGUCGGUAAAUUGUCGUGGCUCUUCAAGCAGCAACCCAUCACAAUGCUAAUAACGUGAAUAAAUGUUUUAGAUCACAAGCCUAAUAUGUCUACAUACCAUACAACUUAUAACAUUGACCAAGUAAUCAUGAAAGUAUUUGUUUUUCGAUAAACUAACGCAUAUCUAUUUUAUUAAGAAAACAUUGUUUAAGAUUACCAUUUUUUGUGUUUGUAAAAGUUCAAUUCUAACGAUAUAUUGCUUAGAACUUAAGUUUGCAUUGGCUUUAAGGCCAAAAUCCUUUCAAUGAUUUAUGUAUUCUUUACUUUUAUAAAUUAAAAAUUCUUAUCUGUUUGUUGCAUUUAAAAAAUA